GGAAUAAAAAAUAAGAACGAGAAAGAAGAACCCACCCCGCUCCCACCCUCUCUGUCAGAGCCGGUGACCCUGAGGAGGAUAUUGAGAAGGAUAUGGCAAUUAUGAUUUCCCUGAACUCCCACACACCCUUCUUCCCUCAAAGCCCAAGUUUCAAUUCACUCCCUCAAAAGCAUAGCCUCACCUUGUCUCCUCCUUUCAAAACCCUACCUCGCUCUACCCGUUUCUCCCUCGACAAACACUCCCACCACAACUCUACUCCUCAAGACAGCGAGGUGGACAAUAUUGGGGUAAAAGCUGCAUUGUCUAUGCUCAGAUUCUAUAAAAGGGAGAUAUCACCUCUUCUGCCAAAUAGUUGUAGAUACGUUCCCACAUGUAGUGAGUAUUCCAUGGAAGCCUAUAAGAAAUAUGGAGUUGUAAAGGGCACCGUCUUGACCACUUGGCGUCUCUGCCGCUGUAAUCCCCUUGGUGGGUCUGGAUUUGACCCUCCACGAUGGUUUGAUGAGGGGCCUCCACCAGAAAAAUGAGACACGUCAAUGGGGUGGCUGCAAAAGUAAUAGACUGUUUUCAGAUGCCGAAUUUGGAAGCAGAUGGAACCUGGGAGUGAAUAGCGUAGGUAUUGAACACCAAGUAUCCCUAACAAUUGGCAUCACAAUAUUCAAUUUCUUCAACAGGAGCAUGAGACUGAAAAACUUGAUGCUCAUGUACAAUUUCACCCCGGUUUGGUGAGGAUAGCGUUUCCAAUAUAUUUUCCAGGUUUGGUCAAGGAGAUCAGAAUGCAUUGAUGUUUUGAUCUUUUGACUGGAUCACAAAAAAGAAUUCCGCUUGUGCAAUUUCAGGCUGAGAGAGGUGAAUUGUUAAAAUACAUGUAUAGCUCUAAUGGAGGACUUAUAUGAAGCUGGUAUUGACUAGAGGUUUUAAGGAAAAGGGAUGGAAGGAAGUUGAUGACUUCUUGGCUGUUGCAAUUCCCUAAAUAGAUAUGUAAUUGGAGCACAUUAGGUGAGAUGUUGGUUCCAAAGAACCUUGUACAUAGGCCAUAUGUUAUUAAGGUAGGCUGGCAUAAGAUCAACAUGCCGAGGAUGAGGAGGCUAACGAGAGAAAAAUUGUUGCUAAAUAAAAUGUAGUGAAUUAUUAUUUGGAAGAUCAAAGUGAAGAAUAUCUGUCAUGUUUCUGCAGGAACUGUCGUUAUCUUAUUGUAAGUUUCUAAUACUGCCACUGCCACUGCCUUCUGAUGAUUUGUGGCUGACUGGGUAACAUUUAGCAGUUUGUGCUACUAUAAUUAUGACAAUUAAAUAAGAAACCUUACAGACGUGAUUAAGGAUAUGUUGUUUCUUUAUUUUCUAUUGGAUAUUGAAACAUGAAUUUUUUUUUCUUAUUUCAGUUGAAAUUGAAAAGCUAAAAGGACCACAGGGUCCUGAUAUC